AUGACGACGUACCCACCCCUGGGUCUGCCGGCCUACGGAGUCCUGGCGAUCACCAGUCUUCUCACCACUCUCAGGGCGGAUGUCGUGUGGAUAUCUCCUGAGGACCAGCAACAGAGAAUUCAGAACGCCUCCAUAGCAUGUUACAAACAGAUGUACAACGAGAGUCGACAAAUUCCUAAUGGAGUGCACUGCCCCAUGUACUGGGAUACACUGGUGUGCUGGCCAGACACCCCCGCCGGGACGGUGUCCGUCAUGCCCUGCCCCAACUACGUCAACAUGUUCCAAAUGGAUGAGAACGCGUCGAAGGUGUGUACAGAGAACGGCACGUGGUUCGUCAGCCCCACCCUGAAUAAGAUGUGGACCAACUACUCCAGCUGCAUGGCCAUCUUCAACAAGGUGCCGCCCUUAAUUGCAGCAAACAUAGAUCGUAUUCGUCUGAUGGCUAACAUUGGAUACGGCAUGUCCUUGGUUUCCCUCAUCCUGGCAAUCAUAAUAAUGUUGAGUUUCAAACGAUUGCACUGCGCAAGGAACACGAUCCACUUAAACUUGUUUGUGUCAUUCAUACUGAGGGCUACGUUUUCAUUUCUGAAAGAAAAUAUCCUCGUUCAGGGCCUCGGGUUUCCAGUUGACGUCAGGCAGCAUAAAGGAGGCGUUGAAUUUAUUGAAGGCACGGAGCACUGGGAGUGUAAGUUGUUCUUCGCCCUGUACAACUACACCCUGGCGGCCAACUACAUGUGGAUCUUCGUGGAGGCGCUCUACCUGCACAUGCUCAUUCUCGUCGCCAUGUUCUCGGAGAAGUCCGGCAUCCGUUGGUACAUCAUCUUCGGCUGGGCAAGCCCUAUUACGUUUGUGGUUCCCUGGGCAAUUGUCCGACUGAUGCUCGAAGACAAAUUGUGUUGGAACACGCACCCAACUCAGGCAUAUUUUUGGAUUAUGCAAGGUCCAAUUGUUUUGUCUACUCUGGUGAAUUUUGGGUUUUUCCUGAACGUAAUUCGAAUACUGUUUACGAAGUUAAACGCGGCUCAUUCCCCGGAAGCCAAGAAAUUCCGGUACAGGAGGCUGGCUAAGUCGAUUCUUGUCCUGAUUCCUCUGUUUGGGGUGCACUAUAUCGUUUUCCUCGGUUUGCCGGACAAACACGUGAACGAAACGGCCCAACUGGUCAAACUGUACUUCGAGAUGUUCUUCAACUCCAUACAGGGAUUUUUCGUCUCCUUGUUGUUUUGCUUCUUUAAUGGAGAGGUACAAGGUGAAAUAAGGAAACAGUGGUACAGAUUUCGACUGAUGAGAGCGACAAACUUUCGAAAUUCCCGUAACCUUGGAAACCACACGUUUUCAUCGUACGUGUCACACGAAUCGCACGAAUCGCCUAAACUGAGGAGAUCCUCCGCCGGUGCCACAGAAACCAUCGCCAUGAACGGCAUAACAUCCUGCAAGAACCCCAACGGACCUCUGUUAGACAACACGUGCACCGCGGACGAUGAUUGUGAUGCAAAUACGUCAUUAACCAACGGCCAUCUUUGA